UUUACUCAUUUUUAAAAGCAGAAGCCAGACUCGGAAAUUGAUGGCCAAGACUUCCAGGUGUCCAUUCCCGUUGUUUCUGCGACGCCAUCUCCGGCGAUCAUUGACCUGAAUAUUCCACGGAAUAAGAAUAGCCUGACCCACAAGCAAAUCUCAAUUGCUUGUUCUCGUUAACCAUCUCCAUCCAUGAUUUUUUUUCCCAGUUGGAGCCUUUUAAUUGAUGGCUCUACUGCUGUUGGUUAACUAAUUGCUGCUCUGUUUAUCAAGAUUCUCCUACCCCUCCUCUUCUCCUGUGAUUGUUUUCCGUUUCUUUUUAAAAAUUUCAGAAAAUCUUGAAUGCGUUUCGAAUUGGAUGGAUAGUGAACCGCUCCUCCACUCCCAAAUAAACCAAAAUCUUGUCAAAGAUGGAGAAAUCUCAUUCGAGAGUCCUCAAUCACUGAAAAACAAAGUCACCUUGGACUUGGAAGAAAUCGAAAAUCAAUUUGGUGAUAUCGUCUCCACAUCCUCUUAUCAGCUCGAAGGACCUUCAACGGAGUUCGAACCACCGGAUGCCCGUAAAAAGACCUGUCUCCACCGCUCCAAGACAGCCCCGGCCAUGGCAGUCAUGCGAGACCUAAAAAAGAAUCAGACCCAGAUGCAGGAACCACAGCUCGAGUCCGGUUCCAUCAUCAGACAGGCCUUGUUCUUCCUCCUAGUAUAUCUCUCUCUCGGCGUCUUAAUCUACUCUUUCAACCGCGACCUGUUCUCCGGCAUCGAGACCCACCCCGUCGUAGACGCGCUCUACUUCUGUAUCGUCACUAUGUGCACGAUUGGCUACGGCGACAUCGCUCCUCUGACCCCGGCAGCCAAAGUCUUCGCUUGUGGGUUCGUACUGGUGGGGUUUGGCUUCAUAGAUAUAUUGCUUAGUGGGCUUGUGAAUUAUGUCCUUGACUUGCAGGAAACCAUGAUCUUAACGAGUAUUCAAGUCGGUGGAAGCCACAGAGAUGGUGGGUUCUCGGCCAAGGACUACAUUUUUGAUGUUGAGAAGGGAAGGAUGAGGAUCAGGAUGAAGGUGGGUCUGGCAUUGGGGGUGGUCUUAUUGUGUAUUGGCACAGGGUUUAUGUUUCUGUGCUUUGUGGAGAAUCUGGACUGGGUUGAUUCGGUUUAUUUGGCGGUUAUGUCUGUUACGACAGUUGGAUAUGGGGAUAGGGCCUUUAAGACUUUGUCCGGGAGGUUGUUUGCUUCGGUUUGGCUUCUGUUGUCCACCCUGGCGGUGGCCCGGGCAUUUCUGUUUUUAGCGGAGGCGAGGAUUGAUAAGAGGCACAGGAGAAUUGCCAAGUGGGUUUUGCAUCGGGACAUCACAAUUGAGGACUUGCUUGCAGCUGAUGUCAAUAACAAUGGCUUCAUCAGUAAAUCUGAGUAUGUAAUCUACAAACUCAAGGAGAUGGGAAGAAUUUGUGAGAAAGAUGUAUUACAGAUCUGCAAUCAGUUUAACAAGCUCGACCCCAACAAUUCUGGGAAGAUAACGCUGCCUGAUAUAUUGGAGAGAUACAGAUAUGGGGAAAAAUUGGAGAUGUAAGUGAAGGAUUGAAGGGUGGUAUAUGUAUAUAAUUUUCCAAUGACAUUUUACCUAAGUUGCAUAUGGCCUGUCAAUGUCAUUUGAUGAUUGCAACUUAAAAACGAGAAAAAAAAGCAUUCAUUGGAAGCAAAUCAAAUUGUAAAUGAGCAUGGGUUGAUUCAUUGUUUGGAAGCAAAUCAAAUUGUAAAUGAGUUCGGGUUGAUUCAUUA